AUGGCUUCCAGAUACGCCAACCUCCUUCCAGUGAAUGGAAAAUGGAAACAGCAAGUUACCGAUUACUUAACCGAGGACGUUCCUUCUUUUGAUUAUGGUGCUUUUGUCGUUGGAGACAAACAGGAAACAGCUUCCUUGUAUAUGAAGGGCGAGGGCUUGAUCAGUGGUGUUCCAUUCGCUGCUGAAGUGUUCAAGCAAUGUGAGCUCGAGGUGGAAUGGCAUUAUAAGGAAGGCCAAUACGUGUCAGAAAACGAUUUGGCUAAACUGAACGGAAAGAUCGUUGUAGCUACUGUCAGUGGUCCUGCUAACAAGAUUCUCCUUGCAGAGAGAACAGCACUUAACUUGUUGGCUAGAUCUUCCGGCAUUGCUACCCAGUCUCACGUUACCAAGAAGCUUGCUGAUGAGUCUGGCUACAAUGGCCUUAUUGCAGGAACAAGAAAGACUACCCCAGGUCUCAGACAACUUGAAAAGUACUCUAUGCUAGUGGGAGGAGUGGAUGCUCAUAGAUACGAUCUUAGUUCUAUGGUCAUGCUUAAGGAUAACCACAUUGCUUCUACUGGAAGUAUUACUGAGGCUGUCAAGAGUGCAAGAUCGGUCUGUGGUUUUGCCGUGAAGGUCGAGGUUGAAGUUAGCACAGAGAACGAUGCAAAGGAGGCUAUCGAUGCUGGCGCCGAUGUCAUCAUGUUGGACAAUUUCAGCGGCCCAGACUUGCAAAAGGUUGCUCAGAGUUUGAAGAAGCAUUACGAGGGUUCAAACAAGAGCUUUUUGUUGGAAUGCUCUGGUGGCUUGACAUUGCAAAACUUGAGUACAUACUUGUGCAACGACAUUGACAUUUAUUCGACGUCGUCCAUCCACCAGGGAUGCAAGAUUGUGGACUUUUCCUUGAAAAUUAAUGCCUGA